AUUGGUUUGUUCUCCACCUCUUGUGGAGCAGCACACACAAAACAUUCUUAGGUCUGCGAAAGACUUCAGAUCUGUGUUUGGGAGAAGUGAGAACAAUGAACCGGGUGCUCCUGAUCCUGUGUCUGCUGCUGUGUCUUCAGGAGACUGAAACUGAGAGAAAUGACAGGACAAACUGUAAUCCGGUGACAGCCAGCUUUUGUCAAGGUUUGGGGUACUCUACUACCUCCCACCCCGACGGAGUCCAAGGAUUCAGUUUAAGGCAAAUUGGUCAGAUUGUGGAGACGGCCUGUUCACCACAUAUCGCCACGGUGAUGUGCCGUGUUGUGGUGCCGGAAUGUGGCUCAGAAAAUAACAGCCGGAAGAAACCAUGCAGAGCUCUGUGUCAGAAGGUCAAGAAGGACUGUGAGUCAACCCUGAGGGACAAAAUGCUGUUUUGGCCAAUGGGGCUUGGAUGUGAAAGUCUUCCAGAGUCUGACUGCGUGCAGGAUGGAGCGCUUCCAGUCACACCUGUCCCUCCACCAACCUGUCAAAGAAUCUCUGUGCCUCUCUGUGCUGACCUGCCUUAUACUGAAACCAUCAUGCCAAAUAUUCUGGGCCACGAAACCCAGGAAGAUGCUGGCUUAGCAGUACAUCAGUUUCACCCACUUGUUAAACUGCAGUGCUCCCCUCAUCUGAAGCCUUUCCUGUGCUCUGUCUACAUGCCCAAAUGUGUGUCAGGAAAACGUCAGGCUCCCUGCAGAGCUCUCUGUGAGCAGGCACGCUCUGGCGUUGAACCACUACUGAGAAAUUUCGGCUUUGAGUGGCCUGAAGCUCUGAACUGUGAAGUAUUCACCUCAGAGUCCUGUGAGCAGAGUCAGGAUGUCCCAGUCAAACCAACUCUCCCAACAGGAACCUGUCAGAAAAUCACAGUACCUCUCUGUGCUGACCUGCCUUACACUGAAACCAUCAUGCCAAAUAUUCUGGGCCAUGAAACUCAGGAAGAUGCUGGCUUAGCAGUACAUCAGUUUUACCCACUUGUUAAAGUGGAAUGCUCCCCUCAUUUUAAGCCUUUCCUGUGCUCUGUCUACACGCCUAAAUGUGUGUUAGGAAGACGUCAGGCUCCCUGCAGAGCUCUCUGUGAGCAGGCACGCUCCGGCUGUUUGCCAUUAAUGAAAAGAUUUGGCUUUGAGUGGCCUGAAGAACUGAACUGUGAAGGGUUCACCUCAGAGUCCUGUGAACAGGGUCAAGAGGUUCCAGUUACACCAGUUCCUCCAACACCAACCUGUGAGAGAAUCACCGUACCUCUCUGUGCCGACCUGCCUUACAAUGAAACCAUCAUGCCAAAUAUUCUGGGCCACAAAACCCAGGAUGAAGCUGGCUCAGCAGUACAUCAGUUUUACCCACUUGUUGAAAUAAAAUGCUCCGCUCAUCUGAAGCCCUUCCUGUGCUCUGUUUACACACCUAAAUGUGUGUCAGGAAAACGUCAGGCUCCCUGCAGAGCUCUCUGUGAGCAGGCACGCUCCGGCUGUUUAUCACUAUUGAGAAUGUUUAGCUUUCAGUGGCCUGAAGAACUGAAAUGUGAAACAUUCACCUCAGAGUCCUGUCAACAGGACUCUGAGGUGUAAAUCAGGAAAAUUAUAAAAGAGCAACAGUUUUGCCUAUUUUGGUGACAGAUGUAUCUGCUUGUAUGCUUGUAAUCUUGAUAACCACAUGUGUGAUACCAGUUUGCUCCAAAGGUUGUGUUAAAGACGAAUUUUGAUAAUAGUUGUUUUAAUUGUGUUCAACAUGUUUUUGUGGCGUUUAUUAUGUGAUUUAAAAAUAUAUAAAGAAAAACUGCAUUUA